AUUUUCUGGAGAUCUUUCUUCAUGAAGCUCAAACAACUACAGUAAAAUCGAAGUCUCUUUUGAUUUCUACCUUUCUCUCUCUUCUUUUCCGGCGCGUGUGCUUUGUGUGUGAGAGAGAGAGAGAAGCGAUGGCGAACGUUAGCUCUUUCACGGAGUGACUGUCGUUCCAUCCGCCGUACGGAAUUGUAUGAAUCGUGUUCGACGAAAUGCUGCAGUGACGCAGUCCGAUUGAUUAGAGUUUGAAAUCUAUUGAAUUUUGUGAUUUUCCGACACAGUUUUUUUUUUUUCUGUGGGUGUUUGUUCAAUAUGGAGGGCGGCAAAGAAGAGGCGCAGCAGCAGCAUGCCUUCCUUGAUCGCACAGCUCGGGCCACCAGAGGCAAACGGAUGACAAAGUUGCUUGAUGACGAGGUUGAAGAAGACGAGCUUUUUUGGAAUCAAGAUGCUCUCAAAGAGGAAGCAGAGGAUGUAGAGUAUGAGGAUGAAGGGGAGGUUGCUGAUGUAUUUGAUAGCGACUUUGAUGAAGAUGAACCUGAGGCAGAUGAACAAACGGAAAAUGAACCUGAUGAGAGUAAAAGAACAAAGAAGAGGCUAAUAUUUCCAGGAAAAGCAUCGACGAAGAAGAAGAAAACCCAGAAAACUAAGGUGCUUUCUAAGGCCGGAAGUGCUUCUAAAGAUGAGAAAUCUCCAGAGAAGUUGACUCCUUUAGAACAUCAUGAUGUACCCGAUGAUGCCGAGGGUGAGAAAAGUGUUAGAAAAUCAACCAGAACUUCUGUGGUUAUCAGGCAAGCUGAGAGGGAUGCAAUACGUGCAGCAUUGCAAGCUACAAUGAAGCCGAUAAAAAGGAAAAAGGAAGGCGAGGAGAAGAGGAUGUCCCAAGAAGAGAUGCUUCUGGAAGCAGCUCAAACAGAGAUUAUGAAUUUGAGAAAUUUGGAAAGGGUAUUAGCAAGAGAAGAAGAAGUUAAGAAAAGAGCAAUAGUACAUAAAGCAGUUUACAGUGGCCCUCAGAUACGAUAUCUUUCUAAAGAUGGUUGCUCGUAUCUCGGUUUCAUGAAUGGAUCAUCAUUUGAGUCGGGGGUUUCAACGACAUCUACCCCAUAUCCAGAAAAAGCAGUGUGUGCUGUGACUGGGCUCCCAGCAAUUUACCGUGAUCCAAAGACAGGUUUACCAUACGCAACAAAAGAAGCAUUCAAGAUUAUUCGUGAAAGGUUUGCUGAAGAGAGUAGCUGCAGUAAGAAUGGAAGAAGCAUGGGUUUCUUGUCUGAUGCAACUUACGAGCAAGGGUUCUCUCGAAAGAGAAAGAGAUCGAUGAUUCCACAUGAUAAGGAUACAUCUUAUUUUAGAAACUUUGCUCGUUUCCGUAGAUUCCCUGCCCCAGAUAUCCAAGAUUCAGAUUAACUUUCUGCUCCCAUUUUUGGAGGUUAUUUUUUUCGGCUAGUUUUGACAGUAGUGUUGUUUCAGGUUGCCUUUUAAGUUAUAAAUUGGGGUUAAGCAUUAGUUAUUUAUGAAUGAUUUGUUAAGCUUUACGUAAAUAGUGUCUGAAAAUUUCUCUCUAUUUCACUGCUAGUUGGUAUU